AUGAACCCUGAGGAGAGCAAGGAACUUGAGAGGCAAGUAAGAGACUUGAUGGGCAAAGGGUACAUACGAGAGAGCCUCAGCCCAUGUGCGGUUCCUGUAUUGUUGGUACCCAAGAAGGAUGGCACUUGGAGAAUGUGUGUUGACUGUAGAGCUGUCAACAAUAUUACCAUUAAGUAUAUACACCCAAUCCUUCGCUUAGACGACAUGCUUGAUGAGCUAAUGGUGCAACCAUCUUCUCAAAGCAAAUGCUUGUCUGAUCACCUUAUGCACUUAGAACUAGUUCUUAAAACACUUCGUGGGGAAGAGCUUUAUGCCAACCUAAAGAAGUGCUCCUUUUGUACUAACAAGCUUGUGUUUUUAGGCUUUGUUGUCAGCGAACAACGCUUACAAGUGGAUCAAGAAAAGAUAAAGGCAAUACUGGACUGGCCAACUCCCUCCACCGUUAGCCAAUUUUGGAGCUUCCAUGGACUGCCAAGCUUCUAUCGUCGAUUUGUGCGAGAUUUCAGCACCGUAGCUGCCCUACUCACAGCUGUUAUCAAAAAGAAUACUCCAUUUUCAUGGGGAGCCGCCCAAGAAACUGCAUUCAAUAACUUUAAGACCCGUUUAACACAAGAACCUGUUUUAGCUUUACCCGAUUUUGAUAUUAUGUUUGAAGUUGAAUGUGAUGCCUCAAGAUUAGGGAUUGGAGUCGUGCUACACCAGAGGUAG